AUGGGGGAUUGUGCGGCGUUGAUUGUGUGUCCAUAUUCGUUAGCACAUCACAUCUCACCAGCUGCAUUUCCUGACCAUUUGAAAUCGUGUCGGACGGAAUAUCUCAAGAAGAAUUCUACAAAUUCAAUUAAAAUAGUAAGGUGUAGUAUCGAUCGGCGCCAUAUUGUACCCGAAGUAGAACUAUCGUUUCAUGAGAAACAUUGUGGAGAUGCUUAUUUUCGGAAAAUCAAUGCUGAAUUAGUUGGACCUUCAAGCAGUAGUGAAUCCUACGACAGUGAUACAGAUUCAGUGACCAGCUCAUCUGAUGAUUACUCUCCUUCUGAUCGAUCAUUGGAUCGGGAGGGUGAUUUUCUUCGGAACCAUCCAACACAUCUUUUUAUGUGUCGAGUGAAUUCCCGCCAUUUCGUACCAGACGUCGAGCUGGAAUUCCACGAAAAGCAAUGUGAGGAUCCACUGUAUCGCCAAAUUGUGGCCGAACUAAAGACGGAACCAGUUCCAAUAAAAAUACCCAGCUCGGAUUCUAGCGAUAGUGGAGAUGAGAGUGACGGUGAUACCACGUCCGUCAGUUCAGGAGACACCGAUUAUUCAACAUCGAAAGAUGAACUACUUCGCAGAAUACUGGAAGGUCCGGAUACUGACUAA